AUGAAUAUUAUUCUUUUUAUUUUAAUAAAUAUAUCCUUUAUCUGGGGAUAUACUUUUAAAUGUUUGGAUAAUUGUGAAUGUGAUACUGAUACUGAAAUUAUUCAUUGUCAUAAUUUAGGAUUAGAAAAAAUUACAUUUCCUACUAAAAGAUUACGUGGAUUUAUUGUACUUGGAUUGACGCAUAAUAAUUUUCAUUAUCUUCCCUCUGAAGAGGCACUUUUAGAAAAAUUUCCUGAUCUUAAAGGAAUUGAUAUUGAAGGAAAUAGUGCAUUUGACUGUGAUACAUUACCACAUUAUAAAAAACUUGCAAUUUUUAGUGAUUGUGGUAAAUCAACAACAGCCGGAAACAAUACUAUUGAUGAUUUUCAUAUUAUUGCAAUUAAUGCACCAACAGAUGAUUGUGAUUUUGAAUGUCAAGUUUUAAGACAUACUAAAUCACUAUCUGAGUAUGUUCAACAUUUAUGGAAACUUAUAUUAAUAAAAAUUGAAGAACUUAAAAAAAGUAAAACAUGGAAAGAUGUAAAAAAUUUGUAUAAAGCUUUAAAAGACUCAAUAGUACAUCAUCUAAAUAUAUAA